AUGUCGCCCGACAUCGAGGUCGAGGAACAGCUGUCCCGGCUACCAAGUCUUGAAUCGUGCAGGGAGAAAUCGGAAUUCGACCCGCCGCCGCCGCGCAAGUUCGCCGGUUUAUUGCUAUCCUGCCGCCCUCUGUACACCGAACCGACUGCUCUACUCUAUUCGGCUAACCGCUUCGUCAUCUUCUACUCGCACCACGGCUCCCUCCGCCUGAAGACUCUUCGGGCCCCAUCGCCAACCGCUCUCGCCUCCAUGACCAGUCUGAAUAUCGUUCUCAAUGAGUCCUCCUGCCAUCAGCCCACCGACUCGCAUAACUACCCCCCUAGUCGCUACUGCUGUAGCGUGCGCAAAUGCGCGGAUGCCCCUUAUUGCGCCAGCAACUACCACGCUACCAUGCAUCGCCGUCUCUCACUCGACUUGACUGUAAACCUGGACUUAGCAUCAGCCAAGCUAGCAACUCAACCUGUGUUAAGCGAGAGCUUUUUCCAGCGCAUAUCUCAGCGGUCAUCGCCCUGCAAGUUCCAACAAGGCCUGCUAAAACGGUCGUGA